CGCGCGGUCGUGGCCAUGGCCAGCGCCGGCCCCAACCGCUCUCGCUCUCGCCGGUUUCGUGCGUGCGUGCGUGAGAUGGCGGAGGAGGCCGGCGUGCGGAAGCGGAAGCGCGACGGCGGUGAGGUGGAGGCGGAGGGCGGCGUGUACGAGAAGCACUUGCUGGAGGGUGAGGGGUGCUGCGAGGGCAUCGCGGAGGAGGCCGUGGAGGAGGUGAUGCGGUGGCUGGAGGCGGAGAUCUCGGACGCGCCGCUGGCGGAGUCGGACGCGGGGUUCGUGACCAUCAACGGCAACGAGGAGAGCUGCGGGCCGUCCUUCUCCGCGGCGGCGUCCACGGUCAUGGCCUCCGUUGACACGCGCGCCGGGGCGCCGCCCCUGCCGGCCGUGCCCUGGCCGUGGCCGUUCCCCGAGGCGACGCACGACCCAGAGCAAGAGGUGGACGCGGAGACGUGCGACGCCGACGAGGAGUGGCUGGUGCAGCUGCUGACCUGCGUGCCCGCGCUGGAGGUGGAAGGGGUUCUUUAGCUCAGCGUGGCGGGGGCGUUGCGUUGGUUCGCGUUAGCCUUUUUUGGACUGUUGUACAGUGGGAAUGGGACACGGGGUGGUUCGUUUUGGCGCGGCUCCAUCGCUUCCCUAUGGCCCUCCUGCAGUAUCAGCACCGCAUGGGCAGGGCAGGUCGUCUUGUUUCACAACUGGAAAUGGAAUGCAGAAAUGAUUUGGCGGGCUCAUCAUGUCAGGUUGCUCCUCUUUUGUAACGUCCCGGGGCCACCGUAAGCUCUAGCGAUACCUCCUGGUGCUUGGCCGAGAAAGGUUCUCAGCUUUAUAGCAGUUUGUGCUAUUUGUCAGCAGCUUAAUGGAUUGUACACUCGUUGAAGGUUUGGGAGUGAAGUUAAAAGCUUUUACUUGAAAGUCUGUAUGGUUGGCUUGUCUCGUUUGCCUCGAGGGAACGAUGUCUUUUAGAUUGUGGCAGACAGACUUGUUAAAUACAUAUUUUCUUUUCGUUGAAGACAACCGGUUCGCAUUGUUUGUUUCCUUGUUAUCAUGGAAGUGGUGAAAAUUGCAUGAUGUGUUAAAAUCAAUUGUUUCA